AUGCUUCCUUUGAAACGCAUAUCAUGUUCUCUCCCUAUACCCAAAAUCACAGUAUCCACAUCGAUUCCUUGGGCUAGGGCCAUCCCACUUUCUUCCGCUUGCAUGCCCUCGAGAAAAUUCGCAAGUACACCUACAAAACAUGCGCAAAAUAGAAUAUACACCCCUAUCCGCUACCCCACCGAUCUAACCACCUACCUCAGCAUAUCCACCUCCACCUCUCUCCCCCUGCUAACCCUCUGGACCACCUCCUACUGCAGCACCUGCAAAACCAUCGCCCCACUCCUGCACAAUAUAAUAGAAUCUGGCACGGGCGAAGCAGAAGGUGGAGUCCUGUAUGCGGAAGUCGAGUAUGAUGCGCCGGAUAUGAUGGAUGAGGGGCUGGGGAUGCGCUACAUGGUGACGAGUGUACCGAUGCUGGUGGGGUUUUGGAGGGGGGAGGUGAUGGGUGGGGUGAGUGGGGGAGGAGGAGGAGGAGGGGGACAAGGAGAGAGAUUGAGGAGUAGAGAGAUACAGGGGAUGGGGAGAGAGGGGUUGGAAGAGUGGGUUAGAGGGGCGGCGAGGAAGGGGAGCGAGUGGAGGGAGGGGCAUCCGGGGGGUGAGGGCUUGUUUGGGGGGUUGUGGAAGGGGUGGGGGAAAUGA